GGCAUUGAUUUGAUUAUUAGAGAGAUGGUAUGGUAGUGCUAUUGCUCUCAUCUCAUGCAGCCCUGAGCAGUGACCACUGCACAGAGAGAAGAGUAGGGACCAACCCCCUCCAUUUUUCUAUCUUUUAUUUACCAAUCACACACAGACAACUAAACAGAGAAACAACUCCCCUGCAUUCAUACAUUAUAUACCUUUGAUUUCAAGUAGAAAAAUUGUCAUCUCUCUUUCUUUCUUUGUCUCUACAUACACUGAUGCAUGUCCUUCUUGCUCCUUAACAACUUCCUUCUUCACACAAAUUAAGGCUUUGUUUUAUUUCUUUUAAUAAUGGAGUUUGAGCUUGAGAACCCCUUUGAUGAGAACUACCAUAACCUUCCCUUUGAAGCUGUCUCCUCCCUCUUCCACAUUGAAUCUGAACACAUCCCUCCCUCCAAUUACUUCCACACUCUCAAGGCCACUGAUUUUGAUAUCUCUCUUAGAACAAAUCUCAUUUCCUUCAUAUCACAGUUGUCCUGCACCUUUGAUCCUGUUCUGCCUUACCUUGCCACCAACUACCUAGAUCGCUAUCUCGCCAACCAACCCAUAUUGCAACCAAAGCCAUGGACCAACAAGCUUCUUGCAAUCUCUUGCUUCUCUCUAGCUGCUAAGAUGCUAAAGAUAGAGUAUUCUCCCACUGAUGUUCAGGUUCUUGUGAACAAUCAUGGUGAUGGUGGUGUCAUAUUUGAGGCACAAACAAUACAAAGAAUGGAGACCAUUGUGUUGGGGACACUACAAUGGCGUAUGCGUUCCAUAACACCAUUCUCAUUCAUCCCUUUCUUCAUCAACUUGUUGGGCAUCAAUGACCCUUCAUUCAACCAGGUACUCAAAGAUAGGGCCUCCCAGAUCAUAUUGAAGUCACAAACAGAGAUAAAGGUUUUAGAAUUCAAGCCAUCUGUAAUUGCAGCAUCAGCUCUACUGUCUGCUUCACAUGAGUUGUUUCCCUUUCAGUAUCCAUGCUUCUUUAGAGCAAUAUCUGAUUCUUCAUAUGUAAAUAAAGAAAGCAUGUUGCAGUGCUAUAAUGUGAUACAGGAAAUGGGUAGAGAGGAGUACGAAUCAUCUGUGUUGAAUGUGAAUUCAAGCUCAGACACACCGGUUAAUGUAUUGGAUGAACAUUUUCUGAGCUUGGAAGAAAGUGAAAAAACCAACAUUGCUCCCACCACACACAAUAAGGACCUCAAAAGAAGAUCAAAGUUCACUGCUUAUGGUAACAACAACAACAACAACAACCACUCCUUCCAUUCUCACCAUCAAUGCUAGCUGAGAAAUUGUAACACAACAAGAAGAUAACAUCAUCACUUAUUAAUUAAUCCUCCUCUUUCUGGUCCAUUCUGAGAGUGAUUAAUUAAUGUCUUUAAGGACAAGAUAUAUAAUAGGGUGAGAUAUUGAGAGAGCAAUGUACUGAUCCAUGAGUAAAUAGUUUGAUGGACAGAAUCACUGUAACGUGAUCUUGGUACGGCCCUUCAUUUAAAUCUCUGCUGCUUCAAACAAAAAGGAGAGCUAUGGGAAGAUAAGAUAUCUAAGUUUCUUUUUUUCUUUUUUUUUUUUCUUUGGGUUUUCUUGGAGACCAAACAAAAAGACAAAACAUAACUUUGAAUUGUAGGGGUUGAAUUUUUGUGUGUCUGUUUUGUAGUUAAGUGUGGUGGUGGUUCUGUCUAUUUGCUUCUGGUAAAGGAAUAAAUAAAUAAUAUACAGUAUCAUAGUGAAUGAACAAAAUAAAAAUG